AUGUCAAACAUUAGCUCGAGUUCCAUAGACCCUGAGAUCUCAGGCUCAGAUAUUAAUAAAAAUGAACCUAAUCAGGCUGUCACAAGGGUAAUUACCGAAACAGAAGUCCAAGAGAACAAUUAUAAAGUUAUAACUUCAAAAGAUGCUGAUGCCACAUUAAAGUUUCAAGAGGAAUAUGAUUCUCAAGUUCCUGAAAUAACUCCAAGUCAAGAAGCUAAACUAUCUAGAAAAGUUACACUUUUCAUCAUUGGAUUCACAGCUUUAGUUGAUUUGCUUCUGUAUAUGGAUAAGGCAACAUUAUCAUAUGCUUCAUUAUUCGAAUUUUGGAAAGAUACAGGCUUGGAUCAAGAUAAAUAUAAUAAUGUUAAUACAAUUUUUUACGUUGGAUUUAUAAUUGGUCAAAUACCAGGGAAUUUUUUAAUUCAAAAAUUACCAAUUGGAAGAUUUUUAUUCAUUUUAGUUGCAUUAUGGACAAUGAUUAUAUUUUUACAUUGUACAGCUUUCAACUAUGCUGGUGUGUUGGUGUUGAGAUUCUUUUUAGGAUUAGUAGAAAGUGUUGUUAUUCCAUUGUUAAAUGUUACAUUAGGUCAAUUCCUUACAGCUAAUGAAAAAGCAGCUUCAAGUCCAUUGUUUUUCAGUACAUGUCUUGGUGUUACAAUUCCAACUGGGUUUAUUGCCUAUGGGGUUAUGUUUAUCAAAUCUUCUACUCCAUUAUGGAAAAUCUUCCUUAUAAUCAUUGGAAGUUUAACCUUCUUGCUUGGGAUCUUGGUUUUUUUCUUUUAUCCAAAUAAUCCAGCAACUGCAAGAUUUUUAUCAAUUGAAGAAAGAAUAUGGACAAUUAGAAGAGUGCAAAAGACAACAGGUUCAUCAAUUGAACAAAAAUAUUUCAAAAAAUAUCAAUUCAUUGAAGCAAUUAAAGAUCCAAUUACUUGGCUAUUUGGAUUAUACAUGAUGUUGAUCAAUUUAGCAAAUAAUUUACCGUUUCAACAAAAUUUGUUAUUCACCGAGAUUGGUGGUAUAUCUAACUUGGAUUCAACUUUAGUUAGUGUGGCAUCUGGUGGGUUUUCCGUCGCUUGUUGUUUAAUUGCAUCUGUUAUUUUACUCAAAGUCAAAAACUCAUCAGCUUGGUCAAAUGUUGUUUGGAUGUUACCAUCUUUAGCAGGUUCCAUUGCUGCUGUUGCCUUACCUUGGGAAAAUAAGAUUGGCUUACUUGCAGUUGUUAGUAUGGCAUCUCCAACAUUUGGUAUUCCUAUGAUUAUCAUGCUUUCAUGGAAUUAUACAUCAUGCUCAGGUUAUACGAAAAAAAUGACCAGAAAUGGUAUUGCAAUGGCUUGUUAUGCUAUUGGGAACAUUAUUUCGCCUCAAUUAUGGAGAGGUAAAGAUGCACCAAGAUAUAUUCCUGCUUGGAUUGUUCAAAUAGUUCUUUCUUUUGUUGUUGCUCCAUUGAUUGGUAUUCUUAUAUAUUUCAUUUUGAAAAAACGUAAUCAAACUAGGUUGGCAACAUUAACUGAGAAUGAAAAAUUGGGAGUGAUUGAACAAGAUGGUCAAGAAGUUUUAGUCAAUGUUGCGUCAUUGGAUCUUACAGAUUUGGAAAAUACAGCAUUUAUUUAUCCAUUAUAA